GUUAGUGGUUAGGAGAGGGGUUUUCUUAAGGCAAAGACUGUUAGGAUGAAGCACUUUGCCAUCUUCAUGCUGCUGUGUCUGCCAGUCUGCUCAGCUUACCCUCUGAACGGAGCAGCCAAGGGAGAAGAUCCCAACGUGGAUUUCGCCCAGCAAUACCUAAAAAACUACUACAACCUUGGAAAAGACGAAAAACAAGUCUAUAGAAGGAAAGACAAUGAUCCUGUUGUCAAAAAAAUCCAAGAAAUGCAGAAAUUCCUUGGGUUGGAGGUGACGGGGAAGCUGGAUUCUAACACUUUGGAGGUGAUACGCAAGUCCAGAUGUGGACUCCCAGAUGUGGGUCAGUUCAACACCUUUCCCGGCAUGCCAAAGUGGAGGAAAAAUGACCUUACUUACAGGAUUGUAAAUUACACACAGGACUUGCCAAGAGAUGCUGUUGAUUCUUCCAUCAAGAAAGCUCUGAAGAUCUGGGAGGAGGUGACCCCACUCACAUUCUCCAGAAUAUAUGAAGGAGAGGCUGACAUAAUGAUCUCUUUUGCAGUCAGAGAACAUGGAGAUUUUUAUCCUUUUGAUGGACCAGGAAUGAGUUUGGCUCAUGCUUAUCCACCUGGGCCUGGGUUUUAUGGAGAUGUUCACUUUGAUGAUGAUGAGAAAUGGACAGAGGAUGCAUCAGGGACCAAUUUAUUCCUGGUUGCUGCUCAUGAACUUGGCCACUCCUUGGGUCUCUUCCACUCGACUGACCCUAAGGCUUUGAUGUACCCCCUCUACAACUCCUUCACAGACCUGGCUCGGUUUCGCCUUUCUCAAGAUGAUGUGAAUGGCAUUCAAUUCCUCUAUGGUCCUCCUCCUGCCUCUCCUGCUGACCCUAAGGUGCCCACUGAAGCUAGCCCACUAGAGUCUGGGACACCACCAGCCUCAUGUGAUCCUGCUUUGUCUUUCGAUGCAGUCAGCACCCUGAGGGGAGAAAUCCUGUUCUUCAAAGGCAGAUACCUGUGGCGUAAACUCCAAUGGAAAUCAAAACCUGAACUUCACUUGAUUUCCGCAUUUUGGCCCUUUCUUCCAUCAGACUUAGAUGCUGCCUACGAAGUUAAGAGCAUGGACACAGUUUUCAUUUUUAAAGGAAGUCAGUUCUGGGCAGUCAGAGGAAAUGAUCUGCAAGCAGGUUAUCCGCGAAGCAUCCACACUCUGGGAUUUCCUCCAACCAUAAAGAAAAUUGAUGCAGCUGUUUCUGAUAAGGAGAACAAGAAAACAUACUUCUUUGUAGGGGACAAAUACUGGAGAUUUGAUGAAAAAAGACUGUCCAUGGAACAAGGCUUCCCAAGAUUUAUAGCUGAUGACUUUCCAGGAGUUGAUGGAAAGGUUGAUGCUGUAUUGCAGAUGUUUGGGUUUUUCUAUUUCUUCAGUGGAUCAGCACAGUUUGAGUUUGACCCCAAUGCCAGAAUGGUGACACAUAUAUUCAAAAGUAACAGCUGGUUACUGUGUGCCUGACAUAAGGAAAGACAAAUAUGAGCAUUUUAAAUGAAUCUAAUAAAUAUUUCCCUAAUUUAUUGUGUAUCAAAAUGAUAAGUUAUUUCUGUAUGUACAGUGGCCAAAGAAAAUGAGUCUUGUCAUAUCUGUAUGUGUCCCAAAGCACUGUCUGAAAUACUUCACUUGUUCUGGAUUACAUUGCAUGGAAGUGAGAAAUAUUCAUGUAAUAAGGAAGAGAAUGAUCUCCAUAGCUGUUCUAUUUAUUAUUUAAUAAAGAUUUUUAUUUUUGACCUGU